UAGGUCACCGUACAGCACGGUCAGCGUGACUACGGUGACUAUCAAGGGGGGCGGCGCAACAGAAAUUAAUAGAAAUGCUGUAAGUUAAGUUUUAGCUGGUCUCGUAACAUCUAAAAAUGAGCGCUGCUGACAUGAAGAUUAUCACUGUGAUUGGCAGUGGGCUGAUAGGCCGCUCCUGGGCUAUGCUGUUUGUCAGUGGAGGCUACAAUGUGAAGAUCUAUGACAACCAACCAGGACAGUCUGCCAGGGCCAUCGCAGAGAUCAAGAAACAGCUGGUGGAGCUGGAGGAAGCCCACAUGCUGCGAGGGGAGCUGUCUGCUGCGCAGCAACUUGCCCUUCUGAGCAGUUAUGAUGACCUGUCUCAGGCGCUGGAUGGAGCCUUCUUUGUGCAGGAAUGUGUAUUUGAGCAGCUGGAGGUAAAGCAGAGCAUCUUCCAUGACAUGGAGCGUUUCGUGGGAAAAGACGUCAUCCUGAGCAGCUCCACAUCCUGCCUAGUGCCCAGCAAAGUCUUCUCUAAAGUCCAGAAUAGGAGUCGCUGCCUCGUCUCUCAUCCGGUAAACCCACCCUACUAUGUAAAACUGGUGGAGCUGGUACCUCACCCAGAGACAGCGGCAGCCGUUAUGGACACCACCCAUGCUCUGAUGACCAAGGUUGGCCAGGCACCUGUCCUUCUGAAAAAAGAGAUCGAUGGCUUUGCCCUAAACAGAGUUCAAGCUGCCAUUAUUGCAGAGUCAUGGAGACUAGUUCAGGAUGGUGUUAUCUCGGUAAAGGACAUCGACCUGGUGAUGUCAGAGGGACUAGGAAUGCGUUACGCCUUCAUAGGUCCCAUGGAAACAAUGCACCUCAAUGCGCCUAAAGGUUUGGAAGACUACAUGAGCCGAUAUAGUGAAAAUAUAACGAGGGUGCUGUCUUCCUUUGGGCCUGUGCCUGACUUCUGUGGUGAAGGAGCCAAGAGCGUCAUUAAUGAGAUGUGCGAGCUGAUUCCCUGUGACCAGCAGCAUCUGUCAGCCAGGCAGGAGAGGAGGGACCAGUUCCUCAUGCGUCUGGCCAAGCUGAAGAAGGACUAAUAAGCUCAGGGGCCAAACUCAAGAAUAGUUCUCACAACGACUGCUGGCUGAGGACAUUUUAUUCGUUCUCAGUAAUGGCAUAAACUCAGUAAUUUUGAGAUUUGUUAAACUUCUCUUACUUUAUUAAAUGUAAUGCCAGUGGAAACCCCAACUUGAAUUAGGUAGAGAUGUGAUUGUUGAGUUCAACAUGUAAUGAAGACCUUUUUUUUUUUUAAACAGGCAUACCUUGACUGAAAAACAGCACUUUUUUUAAAAUCAAUGAUCAAUCUUCCUUAUAUGAUGAAUACUACCAGUAUUAGAACAUAACUCUUGAUUACUACUUCUUAUGAAUACAAUUUUAACCAAUCUUUUUUUUUUCGAAAUCUACAGCAUGUUUUAACUUUUACUCUACAUCUUGGUUACAAAACCGACUGUGGUAAAAUGUGAAAAACAAUGAUCUCAUUCAGCCACAUUAAUGGUCUCUUGUGUAAACAAAUUUCUUGAAAAUGUGAAUCAGUGUUUUGAUUAAUAAAAAAGAACACAAUAACGCA